GCCGUGCAGCUUGUGCCAAAAACAGAUGGAGGAGGACCGGUCGCGAGAUAAACAUGAGUCGGCCGGUUCGGCGUGUUAUCUUUUGCAUUGUACCAUUCUUGGGAGAUAAGCUGCCCUCUCCUCUAUCGCUUGGCGAGUGGCUAGAGUGAUCAUGUAUAAAAUGAAGUCGUGCCGCGUGCAUCAUGCGGAGACCGCAUCGUCUCGCCCAACUGCUCGUCGACCGGCAAUACGAGGACCGUCCUCAGCAGGACUCUUGUCAGAACAGUCCGCCCGGAGACAAGAUGCACCAAACUCUGCCAUCUUUGGCCAACGCUGACGCAGAACAAUUGAUUCAUGGAUUGCAACAAGGCCGCUUCCGCAGCAUCGAUCUAGUGAAUGCGUACAUCGCGCGAAUCGAAGAGGUCAAUGAUUCGCUAAGAGCCGUGACGCAAGUCAACCCCGAUGCGCGUUCCAUUGCCUUGCAGCUUGAUGAUGAGCGUAGACGAGGGAUUCUGAGAAGCCCACUUCAUGGACUCCCGAUCCUGCUCAAGGGCAAUAUCGCCACCUGUGACAAUCAAGAAACCGAUGCUGGUUCAUUUGCGUUACGCGGCGCGCGACCCCGUCAGGACUCUACCAUAGCCAGAAAGCUCCGAGAAGCGGGUAUGAUCUUGCUCGGCAAAACACAUCUCACAGAAUUCUCCAUGUUCCGGUCAAGUAACAUGUCUCGUGCCUGGAACGCCGUGGCUGGACAGGCAUACGGCGCUUACUACCCGAAGCAGUGUCCUGGAGGUAGUUCUUCGGGAAGCGCUGUGGCAGCAGAUCUCGGGCUGGCAUGGGCAACGGUGGGCACCGAGACAGCAGGUAGUAUUGUUAUGCCCGCUGCGAGGAGCAACGUAGUGGGUAUCAAGCCGACUGUGGGAUUGACAUCAAGAUAUCUUGUCGUGCCGAUCAGUGGAAGCCAAGAUACGGUUGGUCCUAUCGCGAGGACAGUCAAAGACGCAGCACUCUUGCUGCAGGUUAUGACUGGGUCCGACACAGCCGACUUGCGCACACUCGCAGCGCCAAUCUCAACACCUAGCUAUUUGGCUGCAUGCAAAAUGGGCAGUCUGAGGGGCAAGCGAAUCGGCGUAGCGCGAAAUGUCAUUGACAUGUCCUUGAACGAGUUCUCGUACAUGUUAGAUGAUUUUGAGAAAGCAGUUUCAAUCAUGCGGAAUGCUGGAGCGAUCAUUGUUGAGAACACCAAUUUGACUGGUUACGCCGAGGUGAAGACCCGAAGCUUCAAUCCGGUGCCACGGUCCGAAUUUCUAUGGGAUCUCCCGAAAUAUCUCAAAGAGCUCGAGCAUAAUCCCAACAACAUCCACGAUCUCAAGUCCCUUCGCAACUUUGUUAGAGACCAUCCAAAAGAAGAAUUCCCGUGGCGGGAUACCCAUAGCUGGGACUCGGUUCUGGAAAAAGGUCUUGAUAUAUGUUCUGACGAGUUCAAAGCUAUGUACGAAAGAAAUCUCUGGCUGGGCGGUGAAGGUGGCGUACUCGGUGCACUUGAACGCCACAACUUGGACGCCAUUGUAUUGCCGACUGGAUUGGCAUCCGCAGAGGUGCCUGCCGUAGUUGGAACACCCAUUGUCAGCAUUCCUUUGGGCGCAGCAUCUCCUGAUACACCGGUCGUGCUGGAGGAGCACGGUUGGGACGCAGUCGAAGUUGCGCCAGGUCUGCCCUUCGGCAUCAGCUUCCUCGGCCGUAAGUGGAGCGAAGAUAAGCUGAUCGGCAUGGCGUAUGCUUUAGAGCAACGCAUGCCGCUUCAAGGGACGCUUCCUCGACAUGUUGAGCCUAAGGCGGAUCUCCAAACGACCAUGCAACUCACGUCUUCUGCUAUGGCGUUUUUCGGCUUGUCCUUGGCGAGCGAACUGUCUGCUGUGCUUUCACAACAAGUCUCGAUAAAUGCUGCAAUACAGAGUCAAGCGCACGUCGACAAUGACCUCAUUGAUCACAGCAUCGCCGCUUGAUCCAAUCCUCGAUGGUGGCCUGAAUGCGAUCAAGUGCACAGGACACCUCUUUCAAUGAUAUGGGCAAGACGGACAUGUUAGGGUGACAUUCAUUAUGAUGGAAUCACCAUCGAUACGAAUGGAUUAAUCGACACUGACCUACAGAUGCGCCAGCAUCACAAACGCCGGCUCCACUGAACGACUCCAU